AUGGCGGACAUCACUUCCAGCGGGGGGUUUUCUAUUUUCCUUCAGCGAUGGGGAGUGCGUCAUGUCACCUCAAGCUCCCAUUACCCACAGUCCAAUGGUACCACAGGAACCAGUCACUUUGACCAAGAACCACAGGAACCAGUCACUCAUGACCAAGUACCACAGGAACCUGUCACUCAUGACCAAGUACCACAGGAACCAGUCACUUUUGACCAAGAACCACAGGAACCUGUCACUUAUGACCAAGUACCACAGGAACCUGUCACUUUUGACCAAGAACCACAGGAACCUGUCACAUAUGACCAAGUACCACAGGAACCUGUCACGUAUGACCAAGUACCACAGGAACCUGUCACUUUUGACCAAGAACCACAGGAACCUGUCACUUUUGACCAAGAACCACAGGAACCUGUCACGUAUGACCAAGUACCACAGGAACCUGUCACGUAUGACCAAGUACCACAGGAACCAGUCACUUUUAACCAAGUACCACAGGAACCUGUCACUUUUGACCAAGUACCACAGGAACCUGUCACGUAUGACCAAGUACCACAGGAACCAGUCAAUUUUGACCAAGUACCACAGGAACCUGUCACGUAUGACCAAGUACCACAGGAACCAGUCACCCAUAACCAAGUACCACAGGAACCAGUUACCUUUGAUCAGGUACCACAGGAGCCAGUCAUUUCUGAACAUGUACCACAGGAAACUGUUAUUUUUGACAAGGAACCACAGGAACCAGUUACUCUUGAACAAGGACCACAGGAAAUAGUCAUUUUGGAGCAAGGGCCACAGGAAACUGUUAGAUCUGAACAGGCACCACGAGAACCAGUGACAUUUGAGGAAAUACCUGAGGUGCCAUUCACACUCGAUCAGACGCCACAAAACCCCUUCUCGCUCGACCAGCCUGCACAGGCACCCUUUUCAUUCGAGCAGACAUACCCGGAACCACAGACAUUCCCAGAAUCACAGACAUUCCAGCAGACUUCCCAGGACUUCCCCAGCGCUCCCCCUCUCCUCGGCCUCUACCUUCCUCCUCACGCCUAAAAAUGUUCCUAAAGUUGUUUCAGUAAUAGCUUCGUAGUCAGGGUUUUUUUUUCAUGAGGCCUAUAUUUAUUUGUAACAGUAGGUGGGUGGAAGUACAUGGUAUUGCUCAAUAUGUGUCAUCGGUGAGUCACCGUUCUCACCCGUGUGUCUGCGUGUGCGUGCGUUCGUGUGUGCUGAAAGCUAUGCACCGUCAAACGGAUUUCUGCUUUUGUUUUGCCUGUGAGGUUUAUUUUCUACUGCUUGGACCUUCGGCUACAGCCAGCUAAUGGGCUCCGGCAACCAGAGUAUGGAUGGCGAUACAUUUUUUUUCUGUGUCCUAUAUAAUAAAUUUCGUACGGUGUA